AUGGAGAAAGGAGUUCAGCCACCUCCUCCAUUGGUCCACGCACGUGUUCACGAUCUCAUCGUCGCGCAAUGCCAAACUCGCCCAUCGGAACCAGCUAUUGCUGCCUGGAAUGGCCAUUUGACCUACCAUGAGCUUGACCAAUGCUCUUCCCGCCUUGCAACCCAACUCGCAAAGCUCAACGUGAUACAGUCUGGCAAGAUAGUACCUAUCUUGAUGGAGAAAUCCGCAGGGGGCGCUUUUCUUAUGGACAUCUCGUUCACGGACGACCCCGCUUAUUUUGACAUCGAUCCGUCAAGCCAAUCGUGCGAAAUCACUAAGACACCUAUUUUGCGAGUGGGAGGCAGCAGACUGUUGGCUGAUGAUGAGGUGGGGAAAGGGACCCAUCUGCAGUCCGUUUAUGCACGACCAUCGGAUGCAUGCCAUGGUCUUUUUAUCUCCGGUUCUAGCGGGGAUUCUAGAGUUGUCGUUAUCGACCAUGUCGCGGUAUGCACUGCCUGGGCCCAGCUGACAGCCACUCAACUAGCGCUGUCAUCAUCAUCGCGGGUCUUUCAAUUUGGCUCCCAUGCAUUUGGGGCUAGCGUUGCCGAGUACCUCGGGGCCAUGAUUCAUGGGGCUUGUCUAUGUAUAGCUUCAGAAUUGGGCACAGGAAACGACAAGGUAAAAGCUAUUCGAGAGCUGAACGCUAAUUUCAUUACCCUGACCCCCUCUGCAUCGCGUCUCCUGGAUCCCAACCAGGUCCCAUCACUCCAAGUUGUGAUUCUAGCUGGUGAGGUGCUGGGUCCCCUUGAUCUGGAGAAGUGGCAAGGACAAGUUCAAUUGAAAUGCAUGUAUGGACUGGCGGAGACUGCGGGAUUCGCCUUGCUCGCCGACUUGACCAAACCUAACUCAAACUACUCGGGAUAUUGGAGUGCCGACUCAUCCAUGGAAUUCUUGGAUCGUAAACGCCAACAUUGUCGAAGAUCUGGUACCACCUGGCGGGGAAGUUUAGGACGAGUUUAUCUCAAUGAUCCUGCUCGUACAGUCCAAAAUUACAUUCCGGCCCCUUCCUGGCUCAUGCAGAUUCGACCGACGGCGCCACAUGAUUAUCGCUGCUUGAAAACAGGGGGCCUCGUUUGCCACUCCUCCAACGGAACAAUUGAGUACAUCCGCCGAAAGGAUGUAGCCGAAGUAAAGAUCCGAGGGCAGCGUGUGGACCUUACGCACAUUGAACGGCACCUCGCGCGACAGUAUCCUACAGCUACUCGAGUGGCCGUGAAUAUUAUCAUUCCAUCUGAUGAUAUCGGUCAUAGCGGUAUCAUGUUGGUCGGCUUCAUCCAUAUAGAGUCUCCACAAUACGGUAUGCAAAAGAAAAAUGAAGAAAUAUUUGCUUCCCCAACAAUGGAGAGUCGAGAAAAGGCAACCACUGUUCUCUCCAAACUAAAAGAAGCGCUUCUUACAUUCAUGGUCCCAGAUGUCGUUGUGAUUCUCAAACGAAUCCCUGCGACAACUUCAGGUAAAUUACACUGCGAUCGACUACGCCGUCUAGCCUCAGGAUUGUCCCGCAGGGCUUUACUGGCGUACGGCGAUAUCCAGCCAUCAGAGACAAACAACGACUGGAAAGAUUUUUAG